AUGGCUUUUAUAAUACCAGAAGACUGUCGGGAGAAGUUGGAAUUAAUCGAUGGGACAGACUAUCAGACCGAGGACCAAACUAUUGCGAGCCUCCAAGAGUACAGACCGGUGACCUCCGAGAAGAAUGUGUGGGCCUACUGGCAUACAGGCAUGAUCAACAUGCCCCGGUGGUGCCGGAAGAAUGUCAUCGACUGGGUUCGUCUCCUUGGCCCUCAAUGGACUGUGCGUGUGUUGGACAAUGUGGUCGACUCGCCCAACAAUACGCUUCGAUACGUGCCGGAGUGCCUAUUUCCACCGGCCUUCAUAGAUCGCACCAUGGAUGGGCCAUACCUAGGCCAACACAGUGCGGACAUGACGCGCUCAGCCUGUCUUUAUGAGCAUGGUGGUGCCUGGAUGGACGUGGGAAGUAUCCUGUUUCGUCAUUUAGAUCGCAUCUGCUGGAACGAGUUGGAAGAUGCGGAGUCGCCGUACCUUGUGGCAAUCCCCGUGAUCCACAGCAUUGUGAGUGCAAACCAUUUUGUGGCCGCUCGACGGCACAAUCCUUUUAUAUAUCAAUGGCACCGUCUUUUUGUGUACAUCUGGGGUCACAAAAAGAACAUCAAGGGGUGUCUAGUUGAUCCGCUGCUUGCUCCAGUUAUAGGAUUGAUGCACGACGAAAAUUCAAAGUUUGACCCGGACUGGGUUGAUCCAGUCGUAGCACUGGAGUACGUUACGCAGAUUGUUUGCUUUACUCGGCUCUUGUGUCUCGAGAACAAUGGUGAGGGAUUCUCAGGUGUCAACUAUUGGCAAAAGCAUAUUCUCGCUUUUAGCGCGCUGGAAGAAGACUGGCGCGGAGAGUUCAUCACGAGUUUUGUGGGCUUUGGCCCGCGUGCCUAUGAAGCUCUGACAUGCUCCCACUCUGGUCCAAACGCGGACCCAACCUCGAAGAAAUACCAUGAUGCUGAGAGAUUGAUUUGGGAACUGCUCGCCCAUGCGAGCAUGUGGAAAGUGGCCCAUGGACACAGGCUGACCCACUCGGUGCAGCUAGGUACACUGCUCGAUAUGCCCGAGAACGAGGGCAAGGACGCAGCACCGGACACAUUCGGAGAGCUACUGCGUUAUGCCUCAGUGCAUCUGCGUCAAACGCGCGACAGCAUCGUAAGGAUGCCCAAUUUGAGGCCGAGCGAAACGUGGAGGAAGGCUGUCUUAGAACCAUAA